GUGCAGAGGUUGGCCGGUGUGACCCAAACUAGACCAAGUGCAAGCAUUCCGAAGAGAAAGCCACAGCCCGAGCCUCUGCAUCUGGGCCUCACAUAGCAAGUAGGCACUUUGCUUCUUCUCUCUGUCUCUCUCUCAAAACCCUAGUUUCUCCAGUCGGCCAAUUUCCCGGCCCUAAUUCGUCGUACCCUUCGCGCGCGCUCUCCCUCUCAGCCGGGAGGUUCGUUGUUUCCGAGAAGAAGAAGUGGAACAGGGGAAGAGAAAGCUGGGGAAGGUCAAGGCCAUGGGAUCGAAAUCGAAGGGUUCCGCUUCAAGUGAAAGCGCCGAUGCUCCAUCCGGCGAGGGUGGCAGCCCAGGAAAGAUAUUCGUUGGAGGCUUAGCGAAGGAUGUUACCUUAGCGGUGUUUUCUAAGUACUUUGGGAAAUAUGGAGAGAUCACAGAUUCUGUCAUAAUGAGAGAUAAAUAUUCUGGACAUCCAAGAGGUUUCGGUUUUGUUACUUAUGCAGACCCUUCAGUUGUCGACAGAGUCAUACAAGAAACUCACAUCCUUAAUGGGAAACAAGUUGAGAUUAAGAGAACAAUCCCAAAAGGAGCCAUACCAUCCAAAGAUUUCAGGACAAAAAAAAUUUUUGUAGGAGGAAUACCUCCAACAGUUACAGAAGAUGAAUUCAAGAAUUUCUUCGGGAAAUAUGGGAAAGUGGUGGAUCACCAAAUCAUACGUGACCAUACAACCAAUCGCUCUCGGGGUUUUGGCUUUAUAGUGUUUGACUCAGAACAAGUUGUAGAUGAUUUGUUAGUGAAAGGGAAUAUGGUUGAUCUGAUGGGCACCAAGGUGGAGAUAAAGAAGGCCGAGCCAAGAAAAGCCUCCAACCUAUCCGGACCUGCAUUUGGUAGCGAAUCUAGGGCUCGGCCUUACAGUGGAGGUGCAGGUGGAUUUGGUGGCUCUUAUGGUGGAUUUGGUGGUCCUGGGGACUUCGGUCCUCCCCCAUAUAGGUCUGGCGGAGGCUAUGGUUCUAGGCUUGGUGGUUAUGGUGGAUUUGGUGGCGGUGUUGGUAGCGAUUUUGGUGGUGGUUAUGGAGGAUUUGGUAGUGGUGGCUUAGGUGGUUAUCGAGGAGAAACUUCUUUUGGCUACUCUGGUCGCCUCGGCUCUUAUGGUGGUGGUGGUGCCGGGUUUGAUGGCGGGUAUGGUGGUGGUGGGCCUCUUGGGGGUUAUGGCAGAGGUGUUGAUGAUUAUGGUGGUUACGGGAGAUCUGACUAUGGUGGUGGGUAUGAAUCUGGUCCAGGUGCUGGAUAUGGUGGAGGUAGCUAUUAUGGAGGUAGGGGUGGUUAUGGAGGUGGCGGCACUGGAAGGUACCAUCCUUAUGCAAGGUAGAGGCGCUCGCUCUGGUGCACUUGAUUGAUACUAGCUCAAAUGAAAAUGAUUUCAAGGUGUCUAGAAAUUUCAGCAGAUCUAGUUUUAUUGGUGCCUUGUACUCAGGUAGCUUCUGUAUCCUCCCUAGUGAGAGAUCUCAGCGGAUGGUUCCUGUGUUUUAGAUACUCCUCAUGUUAAUGUAUUUGUCAUUGAAGACCUACAGGGUUUCUAUGAUCUUAUGUUUAUGCAGUUAUUUGGAUUCGAAA